AUGGACGACAAAGUAUCUUCCGCCGGCGCACACGUUGAGACUGACAACGAGAGAAAGACACAGACACCCGAGAAAGCCAUGACCGAUGGCGCAAAUCUCUCGGGUGUCAUGCAGAUGAGCAAGCCCGACCCAUGGAGUGCAGGCUAUCUACGACUCUAUGGCAUGUGUCUACUGAUCUACCUCUGCUCAACCAUGAAUGGCUACGAUGGCUCACUCAUGGGAUCGAUCAACGCGAUGCCGAGCUAUACCAAAUACUACAAUCUGCCAGCCGAAGGAAACAGUAGCACCGGCAUCGUCUUUGCAAUCUUCCAAAUCGGUCAGAUGGUCGGCGCUCUGUUUGCGUGGGUGGCAGACUGGCAGGGUCGACGAUGGCCAAUUUUCAUCGGAUGCAUUGGAGUAUGCGUUGGAUCGGUCAUAACGGCUACAGCACCUACUCUUGGAGCUUUCAUUGGUGGCCGCUUCAUCUUGUCCUUCUUCUCGACGAUUGCUACCAUUACUGCGCCUCUUUAUCUCAUUGAGAUUGCGCCACCGCAAUACAGAGGCACUGUCGCAGGCUCGUACAACACUCUAUAUUACCUAGGCAGUAUCAUCGCAACGUGCGCAGUCUACGGAUCGAACUUGCACUUGACCGGAACUGCAACGUUCCGGGUUGCAUUAUGGUGUCAGAUCAUCUGUCCCGGCCUCGUAGCUCUUGGUAUAUGGUUUUGUCCAGAAUCACCUCGGUGGCUGGUAGGCAAAGACCGACCAGAUGAGGCGCGACAGAUUGUGGCACAACUGCACGCCAAUGGCGACAUCAAUCAUCCUCUCGUUCAUCUUGAGAUGGCCGAGAUGACCGAAGGUAUUCGUCAAUCUGGGCUUCUCUCGUGGAGAACGUUCUUUGACCUCAGGAUUCUCUUCAAAUCUCGAUCUCGCCGGUAUCGGAUGAUGCUCAACAUCUCUUUCUCUUGGUUCGGACAGUUCUCUGGUAACAAUAUCGCGUCCUACUAUCUUCCUUACCUGGUCGCAAAUGUCGGAAUUACAAACACCAACACUCAGCUCCUGCUGAACAUCAUCUACGCCAUCACUGGCUGGAUUCCAGCCAUGAUCGGAGCUCGGCUUCAUGACGUCGUCGGCAGACGCAAGAUGCUUAUGGGCGUUACGCUAGGAAUGGCCGUAUGUCUCGCUAUAACCGCAGCUACUGCAGCAGACUACGUCCACACCGGCAGCAAAGCCUCGUCCUCGGCAUCUAUUGCCUUCAUCUAUAUCUUCGGCGCCACCUUUGCUCUAGCAUUCACAUCCAUGCAACCAAUCUAUCCAGGCGAGGUUCUGUCUAACGAAAUGCGCGCAAAAGGCAUGGGUGUCUUCUCGCUCACUUCUGGCUGUGCGGGCUUCGUCAAUACCUUUGCUGCACCGAUUGCUCUCAGAAACAUCAAAUAUUGGUUCUAUGUCUUUUUCGUGUUCUGGGACCUCUUCGAGUUCGUGUUCAUCUACCUUUUCUAUGUCGAGACCAAGGGGAGGACACUGGAAGAACUGGAUUUUAUCUUUGAACAGAAGAAUCCGGCCAAGGCAAGCACGAAGAAGAUCGAUGCUCGGACUAGCUCUAUCUCAGGACAUGUGGACACGAAAGAGGCACUUCAGAAUGCUUGA